AUGUCCUACAACUACCUCAAAUCUGCUAAAAAGAUCAUUUGUAUUGGGAGAAACUAUGCUGCUCAUAUCAAGGAGCUCAACAAUCCGACCCCUAAGCAGCCUUUCUUCUUUUUAAAGCCCAUUUCGAGUGUUAUCACCCCGAUCGCACCAGGUUUGGCAAGAAAAGAAUUGCCUCGAGAUUCGAGUUAUCAUGGUCUAAGUGUGGAUGGUUCCAAUGCAGGUCCAAUUUUAAUACCAUCUGGCGUUAAAGUUCAUCAUGAAGUUGAAUUGGCCUUGAUCAUGGAUAAAUAUGUGUCAAACGCUACAGAGGAGAACUUCACCCCCUCUGACGUCUACGAUUCUAUCAGCGGUUUUGCCCUGGCAUUAGAUCUUACUGCUCGGAAUGUUCAGGAUGAGGCCAAACGUAAAGGUUUGCCUUGGUCCAUUGGGAAAGGCUUUGAUACUUUCUUGCCAAUCUCUAAGUUCAUACCAAAAGAGAGUAUCGUGAACAAGCAGGACUUGCAAAAUGCCUUUAGGUUAACUUGUUCGGUAAAUGGUGAACCAAGACAGGAUGGUACCACUGACAUGAUGUUGAAUCCCUUACAUAAGAUUAUUCAGCACAUCUCAACUAUGAUUUCCUUGGAACCUGGUGACAUAAUCUUGACAGGAACUCCAGCUGGUGUUGGGGAGAUCCAUCCUGGUGAUACAAUCUCAGCAGAACUUUACGAAAACGGCAAGCUCCUUGUCGAUAUGAAAUUUGAUUGUGACAAGAGGCCAGGUCCCUACGUUUAUAAAGAAACGUGA